AAACCGGAGCCUCUGAACCUCUUUGGAGACUGGGAGGUGGACUGCUCCAGCCCCACCUGCGUGCCCAGGAUAUGCAGCCUCACAUUGACCAAGCUGCUGAUUCUCAAGGAGCUGGCCAAGGAGCUCACCUCCUUAGUGAUUUCUGUGAGGAUUAAGGACGCAAAGUUCGUCCUGAGGUCUAAUGAGAUUGUGCUGCCUCCCAGAAGACCAGUGAAGACCGACCUGGCACUGACCUUCUCCCUGAAGUACCCCCACUCUCUCAAGAGGGAAGGCAACAAGCUGCAGAUCAUGCUACAGAAGAAGCUGCGUUUUGAAAACCAGACCAUCAUUGGUUACCAGACGCUUGCCAUGGGCAUCAUCGACCUGACUGAGGUGAUGCAGCGAGCCCUUGAGGAUGGCCAGGUUUUGAGCCUCCAUUCCACCAUCAGGGAGGCAUCUACCCACGUAGCCAAAGUCACCAUCUCUUCACUGUCCAGCCAGCCCAUUGACCUCAUUCACAGCACCCAGGAGGCCAAGUCCAGGGUUUAUUACUCUGAAGUAGAAUAUGAAACCAUCUGUGAACAGCAGGUCAGCCAUGAUCCCGGGCACAGGCAGGACCAGGAUGAGGAGGACUUCAAAGUGGAAGAACCCAAAAAGCAGCAGGAAGAAAGAGUAAGUUCGCCAUUCAUGACCAGGCAACAAGAUGCCAACAAGAAAGUUGGGGCGUGGCUGCGCCAGGUCCAAAUGUGGAAGAAAGACCUGGACCUGGAGGAGGCGUCUUUGGAGAAUGUCCCUGAGGUAGAGAACUUAGAUCUAUUGUACGAUUCGAUAGAAAAGUUUAAUGAGAGUGGCCCAUGAGAGUGUCCUGAGCACCAUCCUCUCAUGGAUACAGUCACUCUCACUACAAUUCCCAGCCCCCGAUGCCAAUGAAGAUCGUGGUGGCAGGGGCACAACACUACUUCAGCGCUGUGCUGUGGGUCUUAAUGGAGCUGCUGUCACAC